GAAGAGGGGCGGCAGUUGCCGAGCGACGCUCGCUCGACCCGCUUGUCGCUCGCGCUCGCAAUGAAAACCAAAGUGAAGGGUAUGCGCUCCAAAAAUAUGGACAAGUUAAUAGCCGCUGUCCAAGCCAGAGAAUGUUUGUGGGACAAAAGCUACAGAGGACACAGGAAUAGGUUCAAACUGGAGCGGUAUUGGAACGAGGUGGCGGCAGAAGUGGGAACGACGAGUCUAAACUGCCGAAAGCGAUGGAAGAAUUUGAAGGAUCAAUGUCGGAAAGAGAUGAAAAAGAACCCAAACGAGUCAGAAUGGCCGCACUUCCAGAAGCUCAAGUUUAUCCACAACCAGUUCUUGAUGGAGGAUGAGGAAGGUGAUGAGGACACCACAGAUGAGGUGUUCAACGCUUUGGACGACUCGAUAAAGACUCCAAAACUUGGGUAUACCAUGAGGAAGAAGUUACUGAUGAACAAACGACGGACGAUCGAGGUGGAUUCGAACAAGUUGAUCGAACUGGUUAAGGUUCGGGAGAUUAUCUGGAACAGGCAACUGAAGGGCCACCAUAACUGGUACAAACUGGAUGAGAGCUGGAAGGAAAUUGCGCAGGAAUUGUCAGUUACACGUGACGAAGCCCGCCUCAAAUGGAAAUACAUCCGAGACCAAGCGCGAAAGGAGGUCAGGAAACAGGACUCCGAGUGGGAGUACCUUCCCAAGCUCCAGUUCCUCACCAACCAGUUCAACGAUUACGAAGGCAACGAAGCCCAGGACGACGGGUAUCCUGAACCUGACUUCGAUGCUGACCAGGGCAGUAGCUACUACAAUAUUGAGCCACCAAUACCUGAACCGGAACCCCCUGAACCGCUCCCUGAGCCAGCUAGAGAUGAAGAAUUCGACGAGUUUGAUACAAAACCGAUCAUCUUAGAGACUGACUUUUAUGAUGAUGAUGAUGAGGCGCAGAGAAGUGCUGAUGUGCCUGAAGCCAGUGAUAAUGCGAGCAAAGAUGAGGAUGUAGGGUUCUUCAGCAGUCUAUUGCCACACGUUAAGAAGUUAGGUCCGGCUAAAAAGCUUAUGCUGAGGAUGAAAAUUCAGGAAUUAGUGUACAACACUGUGUACAGUGAGACGUAGAUUUAACCCUUUGGUGGUGUUGAAUUUUUAAUUAUUGAGAUGCAAAAAGGUUCAAAACGAAUGAAAGUCUUAAGCUGGUUUUUUAAUAACAGAGGAAGUUGAUAUCACAAUUUUAUUACAUUUUAAGUUUUACUUUGCUUUAUUUUAAACUUUUAAAACAUCACAUUGCAUGCUUUAUGGCGAUCAAGUCACGCAAUUCUAAGACUGGAUAAAAUUAUUGACUGAUUUAUUAAAAUUGUUUUAAAGCCGCGUUUUUAUAUAUUAAAUUGUAUAUUUUGAUUUUAACUUAAUAACAAACACUCAAGUUGUGCAUUUUAUUCAAUAAUUAAGUUUGUAAGCAUCACAAAAGUAUUAAAAGAUAUUAUAUUCAGGAUUUGUUGUAAUUUUUAGCCUAUUAGUAUAUUUUAAUCCUAGCUGUUAUUUAUUAGUUUAUGUUACUCUGCUAUCACAUUUUAAUGAAGGUUGAUAACACUCAUAGAUAGUCAAUAGGCGUUGAUUUGAAAUUGUAAAUGAUUAGUCUGUGGAUAGGCGAACAAGUCCUAUCCGCAUUAGUUCCAUUGUCUAGUUCCAUCAUGGAACUACUGCGCAUUUUUUUUGCACUAGGAACAACUACAAGUGACGUCAAAGAUGUUGUUGACAGAUAAAAAUUACUUAUUUAAUGUCAAUUGAUUUGUGAUGUAGGUACCUAAUGUACUUGUAAACUGCCUCAGUAUGCCUGGUUAGUGUUUUGAAUAACUAAUCAGAUUUCAUUACAUAUUUCCAGUUCUAUUCUCCGCUCCGCAACCACUGCCAAAUUGUAUAGAAAAAAAUUCGUCCGCCGUCACAUCUCCGCUCAGCUCUGCUCCUCCAUGGUGGAAAUCAGCAGGGUGUCGAUUAGCUUGAAAAAUGUGCGUUGUUUAUUGCAUUUUUUUAAUCAAAGCAUACAGCAAGCGUCACAUGAGAGAAAUUGAGUUUUCUUCUGGCAUUGUACAAAGUAAUCACUUGGUAAUUGUCUGUACUCGCGUUAAGAAUUUUAACAUUUUAACAAAUUCUGGAUGGAUUUUAAAAUAUCGCAUUUUAUUUUUUGACAAUCCGGGCUUGCACGGUUUAUAGAAUUUGGCACUACGAUUAUUUUGUUAUCGCUAAUUUAUUGUUGUCUUCUACAACAGCUACAGUCCGUAAAGGACAAGUCAAGUUUGAUGUGCGCUCAUUUCGAAAGUAGCCUUACAGAUUGAUCAGAAAGCAAUGUAAAAAUAAAUCCAAUGCCUUUCAAUAAAUAUUUACGCGUCGAUUGAGUGAAUCAGACACGUUAAAAUUAAAUAUCCUGCUUUCGAUAUACCUAAAUACUGUUGUGAGUAUAGAAAUGAGGGCAAUCGUUUUUAUACUUAACAGUUGGCACUACUAGCGAGUGACAGGACCUUACCCUACAGUGGCGCCAACUUGUGAGCACUAAAACGAUCAUAGCUCCCCUUAAAGGCUGUUUUACAUGUGUUAUGUAGGUAACUUAAUUUUAAGUGAUCAAAUUGCAUCGUAACUAA